UUAACGUUGGCCACUGUUCUUGCAUUGAAUUUAGCGUCAUGGAAUGUGUCUUACCGUAACGUUCCGAUAUAAGUAACGUUAGUCAACGUAAGUUCACCGUUCCGAACACAACACGGGGAAGCGGCCUCUUCCACCAGAAGUUUGCGUCCGUUUAAUGGGGACCCAAGUGAAAGAUGUAGUUUUAAAACCUGAUGCACCAAACACACUUCUGUUGGACAAGCAUGCAGACUACAUUGCAGCUUAUGGCUCCAAGAAGGAUGACUAUGAAUACACAUUAUCAGAAUAUUUGCGGAUGAGUGGUAUUUACUGGGGCUUGACUGUGAUGGACUUGAUGGGGCAGCUGCACCGCAUGAACAGGGAUGAGAUCACUGCAUUCAUCAGGGCAUGCCAGCAUGAGUGUGGCGGUAUCAGCGCAAGUAUUGGCCAUGACCCCCACUUACUCUACACUCUGAGCACUGUGCAGAUCCUUUCGUUGUAUGAUCACCUCAGUGCAAUAGAUGUUCAUAAGGUGGUUGAGUAUGUGAAAGGACUGCAGCAGGAAGACGGAUCUUUUGCUGGGGACAAAUGGGGUGAAAUAGAUACACGGUUUUCCUUCUGUGCAGCAGCAACUCUGGCAUUAUUGGGCAAGUUGGAUGCAAUUAAUGUGAACAAGGCAGUAGAGUUUGUUCUAUCGUGUAUGAACUUUGAUGGUGGAUUUGGCUGCAGACCAGGCUCAGAGUCUCAUGCUGGUCAGAUAUACUGUUGUACAGGAUUCCUCUCCAUCACGGGGCAGCUACACCAAGUCAAUGCCGACCUGCUGGGCUGGUGGCUGUGCGAGAGGCAGCUGCCGUCCGGAGGACUCAACGGGCGUCCUGAAAAGCUACCAGAUGUUUGUUAUUCCUGGUGGGUGUUGGCCUCCUUGAAAAUCAUUGGCAGAAUCCACUGGAUUGACAAAAACAAGUUGCGUUCUUUUAUCUUGGCGUGCCAAGAUGAGGAGACUGGUGGCUUUGCCGACCGGCCUGGAGAUAUGGUGGACCCAUUCCACACCUUGUUUGGCAUUGCAGGCCUAUCCCUCUUGGGUGAUGAGCAGAUCAAGGCUGUCAACCCAGUGUUCUGUAUGCCAGAGGCUGUCCUCCAAAGGAUUGGCCUGUACCCAGAGCUCCUCAGCUAACUCCUCUACCUCCAUACUAUGACGCUGUUGACCAGACCUUGAGGACCAGGUGCCUGAGAUCUUGUGACUGUUCACCUUGCUGCAAGCUGAGAUGGAAACUCUGUCAUGUUCCAUUGUUUACAAGGGAGAAAAAAGUUAAAUGUUAUUUCAAAAGGUUUUUUUUUGAAAGCAUGCAGUUUUGAUGGGAUAGAACAGUCUUGGCAGUAGUUUAUCACUUCAGUUCUCAGCAUUUUAGAAAGUGUAAUAUGCAAAUUCAAGUUCAAGUACAAUAACAUGUAUUUUACAUUAUGUAUACAUUCACACAUAAUAAUUAUGACUAUGAUUAUCCUUUUUGAUCUUGCACGCACGUUUAUGUUCAAGAACAGCCGUGACAUUGGAAUCGUUUAAUGGGAGGUCAGAUUACGCUUUCACUUACUUAAAAUUGUGUUCUGUCUAAAAUUCCACCUUUAUGUAGGGUUACAGAUUUACUCUUAAUAUUAACGAAAGCUUUUUGUUGGAUGGACGGGUAGGGUGUUCAUUUUAUGGUCCCUUGACCUUUAUGUCUUUAACCAAGUCUCACUUUUGUAAAUGCAAGUCUGUUUUAUUGUUAAAUCAUCUUUACACCCAUAUAUUGUUUUUUUAAAUCGUGAUAUUAGCAGUUCCAUGAAGCAUGACAGUGGCACUACUGUCAUGCAUUUCAUUCUCAGUCAAUAAAUGUAUUCAUUGCCUUCA